GGAACAGAUCUACUGCGCUUGUGGGUAGCCUCAUCUGAAUAUACAAGGAGUAUCGCCAUAGAAAAAUCCAUUUUGAACCAAGUUGCUGGAGCUGUGCGCAAGUUCCGGUCCACAGCUCGGUUUAUGCUUGGUAACCUUAAUGGUUUCAACGAAUCGGAGGCUGUAGGCUAUGAGGAUCUGAGUCGUCUUGACAAGUUCAUGCUUUCGGAGGUCUAUCAUUUCUGUAAGAACGUUAAUGCUGGUUAUGAUGAGUACAUGUUCAACAAAGUGUAUGGUCAGCUGCAGUCCUUUAGUAGCACAAUCCUUUCAUCUUUUUAUUUGGACAUCGUCAAAGAUACUUUGUACUCAGAGGUGGAAAACAGUUUGAAGCGCCGUGCAGUUCAGGCAGUGCUCUUCCAUACCUUGACUGCUUUCAUAAAAAGCAUUGCUCCACUAGCACCCUAUUUUGCUGAAGAAGUCUAUGAGCAUUAUCGUGGUCGUUUUACCAAUCCUCAACCUAGUGUGUUCCGUGUUGGCUAG